UGAGAGAAGGGAGAGUUGGGAGCAGACACAGAGCCGCGACGACAGAGAAGGACAACCUUAAUGAAUGUUUGAGGAAGUUUUUUCAGUGAUUGGAAAAGCGGACAAGACAUGGACCUUUGACUACAAGGCGACGUCAUUUUGGCAUUUUCUUUUACCGGCGCAUCUUUAUGCAGGAGAGAAUAAUAACUUUAAAAACUCAACACCGCCUGGAUGUUUAGAUGAAGGCAAUGACUUCCCAAGGUCCCUGACUAAUGAGGCUGUAAAAUGACUGCUCCAAGACUGCCGGGCUGAGCAGCCUGACCUCCCGCAGCUGUGUCCAGUGCUGUGGCUCCCUCUGCUGUGCGACUAAGGAAGGCCAGGAGUAGCAGGCAGUAUGGACAAACAAAUGGAGGAAGGGAUGAAUGCUGUCAUCGUCAAACACUACAACCACACGGGGAAGUGGGAUCCGUCUCGCAGCAUCGAGGCCUGUAAGAUGGCCGUGCUGCUCUUCAUCUGCGUGCUGAUCGUCCUGGAGAACGUCAUGGUCCUGCUCGCUCUCUGGAAGAACAAGCGCUUCCACAGCCGCAUGUACUUCCUCAUUGGAAACCUGGCGCUGUCAGACCUGCUGGCUGGUGUGGCCUAUGCAGUGAACAUCUUUACCUCGGGAAAGAACACCUACUUCCUGACGCCGGUGCAGUGGCUGGCCAGAGAAGGGAGCAUGUUUGUGGCCCUCAGCGCCUCAACCUUCAGCCUUCUGGCCAUUGGGAUCGAGAGGCACAUGACUAUGGUGCGUCUGCGUCCCUGUGAGACAGCAGGUCGAGGGAGGCUCCUAGGACUGCUGGCAGCCUGCUGGCUUGUGUCAGUGCUGCUCAGUGCUCUGCCCAGCCUGGGGUGGAACUGCCUGGACAAUGUGCCCUCCUGCUCCACGGUGCUGCCGCUCUACGCUAAGAGUUACGUGGCCUUCUGCAUCAGUGUCUUCAGUGCUCUGUUGGUGGCCAUCAUCAUCCUCUACAUCAGGAUCUACCGCCUGGUGACCUCCAGCGGUCGCAGGGUGAGCAGUCGGCCUUCGGAACGCUCACUGGCCCUGCUACGGACGGUGGUUAUCGUUCUUGGAGUGUUUGUCAUGUGCUGGGCGCCGCUCUUCCUCCUGCUGCUGCUGGAUGUGGGUUGCAGCCCAUUUAAGUGCCCUGUGCUCUACAAGGUGGACUGGUUCAUCGCUCUGGCUGUGCUCAACUCUGCCCUCAAUCCUCUGAUAUACACUCUGUCCAGCAGGGAGAUGAGAGCAGCCUUCUUCCGGCUGCUGUGCUGCUGUCAGACCAGUUUGGAGUCCACUGGCUCUCCUGUUUUGGGCAACCUCCACCUGGGCACGGUCAUCCCCACAGCAGAGAACAGCAAGACCAGUCUGGGUGGAGGAGGGGGCAGUGGUACUGGCAAGUCCACACUGAACAGAGGCAAGGUUCCCACGCCUAUGAACUCUGACAACAAGAAUGGGGACCCCUCUGCCACUGCUGUGCCGCACCACUCCGGGCCCACAGACCUGCUCUCAGCUGUGUUGGUGAAGGCGCGGCCGCCCCUCAGCAAGUUCUGAGUGGAAGCACUUUAACGAGGCCUUAACGUCAAAAAGAUGUAGACAUAGAACUGACACAAUCCUGCUAUCAGCCACUUUUUGUUUAUGCACUAUGACCAGGGUAGCAUGGAUGUGAAUAGCAUAAAUAUUAAAUUUGGACCAGAUAAUUCCAGAUUGUAGAUUAUGGUACAAUCCAAAUCGUUAUAGCCACUAUUUAAAUAAUUCUACAUUAUUGCUCACAUUACCACAGUGAUCAAAUUGAACAUUUCAAAACUAUGAAAAAUAAGAGGACAGUUUCUUGGACCUGGAUUAAACCAAGCCCCAAAUGAAAUGCUGUGAUACUUGAUAUUUGUGGGCGUUGCCUGGCCUGGAAAUUCAGGGCUGUAGCUAAAGGUUUUUUUUCCCUUUGGCUCUGAAUAUUUCUCCACCUCCAGCCGUUUAUCGUUAUGUAACUGAACGUCAGUAAAAUAACAUGUCAGUGUUAUACUUACAUGUAUAAUGAAGAGGCAGGACCAAUCAAAGAGGGUUCACAGGAUAAUACUCAAGUCUUAACGAUUGACAGGUCUCUGUCAAUAAUUUAAUUGAUGGGAUUACUUUGCCAAAUGCUAGCUCACGUAAAUAAUGGAUAUACAUAGAUUCUUUUACCAGGUAAAGGGGUCUGUAUGAGUUCAAAGUUACAUGGACAUGAUAUGAGCAGAGCAUAUGCAAUACACAGCUAACUUUGCAUUGCACUGUAGCCAGCUUAUAUCUGUAGCAGGGAUCCAUAGUCAUACAAGACUAGUGUUGUAUUAGAUAGACAAAUCUAUUUAGAUUUUAUUGAUCUGGUACCGUAGAGACAGUGAUAUGUCCCAAGGCAAGUUUUUUUUCUCAUCGUGCUUUAUAUUGUCAGAUGAUAAUUACCACGGCUUCCAGAAAUCCAAACUAUAGCUUGAUAACAUUAGUUACAAAGUUGGCUCACUCAUGAAAGAUGAUUAAACUGCAAAAUAAACACAGAAUCCAUAUGAACUAGAUGUGUCACACUCACACAUUGUGGUUAUAAAAGAGAAUGUGGUCACAUUAUGUGUGUUACAUGAGUCCAAACAUACAGUAGUGAGAGCUACUACUUAUUGACGUUGGGCUAAAUAGGAAGAAUUAAUGCAUUGACCGAUGCCUUUCAACUGUGAAAAGUAGAUGACAAAUUUCAGAGCAACAACAACAAUAACAAUAAUAGCUGAUAAUAACAAAUAAUAAACCAAGCUUUACAUUUUAUCGUAGCUCUCUAACGCACAGAAACAGAAGUAUUUAUGUUUUGAUGGAGAAGAAUCUGGGCUCAGCUCCUGAUGUUUAACAGUCCAGUCAACGCCCGCUGUUAAUAUCAGUAACAGUAUUAAUAUAUUCAUCAGUGUUGUGUCUGUCAAUGUGUUUCUUUUUUUCAUUAUAUGCAGGGCACUUUGUUUUGUUUUUGUGCUAUUUGCAGUUCUUUUAAAACAGCAGCAUUUUAAAUCACAGUUGGCAAACUAUUUAUUUUCUAUGAAAACAUUUGGCAUCUUUGUGUGCGUAAAACCCCUCAUGGUACUUGGACUUACUUCAUGAGUUUUGUUAUGAUUUGAGAUGCACUGUAAGAUUCUGUCAGACCAGCGGCCUCUUGAGGCUGUGAUGCUCAUCACACACCAAAAAAACAAACCUGUUACAUGGAUGUUAUUACUAGAUUCUUACCACUUGUGGGCGAGAAUAUCACGUUUACCCUGAAGGUGGCGCUACAGGAAAAGCAAUGUUUUUACAUGAAUUUGGAAGAGAUUCUGGUUUUAUUAUAACCACCAGUUUCAGACAUUUCAGGCUGCAGCUCUGUUUCAGCUAUAAUAACCACACGGAAGGACCUCUCUCGCUUCUCAUCAGCACAUGUAUAAACCACUCCGUCAACUAACCACUAGUGACUGAAAUGAGCGCCGGAUGUGAAUAAUUUAAUGGUGGACUGUAAAUGACAAUUCUGCCUUGGGUGAUGUAGUGCCUUAUGCGAUUAUAUAGCGAAAUAAAAUCCCAUUCCCCCUUUAA